UGAACGCCACCGGCCUUGCCAUAAUAAAAUUAAUAAACAUACAAUUGGCGAAUAUUAAAUAUGAGGCUGAUACCAUGUAUGAAGGCUCAGGACGAGGACGAGGACCACUCGCGGUACAUCGACCGCGAGAUCAAGAACUGGAUCAAGAACUAUAAUGAUGCUAUCAAACUGCUGCUUCUUGGGACUGGUGAGAGCGGCAAAACCACCAUCAUCAAGCAGAUGAAGAUCCUGCACAUACAGGGAUUUAGCCAGAGCGAACGUGUAGAGAAGGCCAACCACAUACGUCACAACAUCCAUGAGUCCAUCUACGACAUCGUACGCCACAUGGAGCCUUUGGGCAUCACGCUGGGCAAUGCUAAGAAUGUUCAAGCACAGAACUACAUACUGCGGUGCGGCCCUGACGGCCCACCACACUAUGACGAGGAAUAUUUCGAUUACGUCCGAGCUCUGUGGCGAGAUAGCGGCGUCCGCGAGUGCUUCAAAAGGUCCAACGAGUACCAGCUGAUAGACAGUGCCGAAUAUUUCUUAGACAGGAUAGAUCUGAUAGAGAAGUCAGAUUACUCGCCGCCCGACGCCGAUAUACUGCGGUGUCGUCAGAAAACAACCGGUAUACAGAAGAUAGAGUUUAAAGUCAAGGUGCCUAAAUCGAUGCACGGCGGGAUACAGGAAUUUUGGAUGUUUGACGUUGGUGGGCAGAGAGGGGAACGGAAGAAAUGGAUUCAGGUAUUCGAAGGUAUCCACGCCAUCUGGUUUCUCGUAGCGUGCAGUGACUUCGACCAGACACUGAGGGAGGACUGCGCCACCAACCGGCUGAAAGAGGCGCUGACGCUUUUUGAGGACGUCUGGCAGAGCAGAUUUCUACUAGAAGCGGGUCUGAUAGUGUUCCUCAACAAACAAGACUUGCUCCGGCGCAAGGUGGACCGCGGCGGGAGCAUCGCCCAUCACUUCCCCGACUACAACAAUUAUGGCGGACAUGGCGACGAAUACGAACGAACGAGAGACUUCAUUCGACAAAUGUUUGUUGACGUAACGCAGAAGCAGCGCCGCCGCUUGGCCGCGCCGUCCGCCGAGCGGUUCGUGGUGGGCGCGGCGCAGCGCGCUCGCGAGUGCUACUUCCACUUCACCACCGCCACCGACACCGACAACGUGCGCACCGUGUUCCGGGACACGCAUCAGAUCAUACUCACGCAUGCGCUGUCUAAUAUCGGAGUUUACUGACCAUUGU